AUCCAGGUUCCUUUAAAACAGGAGAGUCUAUAGAGAUUCAGAAUAAGAGAAGAACUGACAGACUGACUGAUUAACUGUCUGAGGAUCUUCUACCACACAAACCAUACAGGAUGUGUCGUCUGGCCCUCCUCUGUCUUCUCUCGGCCCUGUCUGUUAGCUGGGCUAAGCCCCGCCUCCCUCUACUGUCUCCUGAGAUGGUUCAGUACAUCAACAACGCAGACACCACAUGGACGGCUGGCCAGAACUUCCACAAUGUUGACAUCAGUUAUGUGAAGAGUUUGUGUGGAACCCUGCUGAAGGGACCCAGGCUGCCAGAGCUGAUGCAGUCUGAUGAGGACAUGAGUCUGCCAAACAGCUUUGACGCACGGCUGCAGUGGCCCAACUGUCCCACCAUCAAAGAGAUCAGAGACCAGGGAUCCUGUGGCUCCUGCUGGGCCUUUGGGGCAGCUGAGGCCAUCUCCGACAGGUAUUGUAUCCAUAGCAAUGGCAAGGUCUCCGUGGAGAUCUCAGCUGAGGACCUGUUGUCAUGCUGUGAUGCCUGUGGCAUGGGGUGUAUGGGGGGCUUCCCAUCAGCUGCCUGGGACUACUGGGCUGAGUCUGGGCUGGUUACAGGAGGGCUCUACGGAUCCAAUAUAGGCUGUAGACCUUACAGCAUCGCUCCGUGUGAGCAUCACGUGAACGGAACACGCCCCCCCUGCACAGGUGAGGGUGACACGCCUAAGUGUGUGUCCGAGUGCAACGCUGGAUACACCCCCUCCUACAAGAAGGACAAACACUUCGGAAAGCAGACAUACAGCGUUCCCCCGAAGGAACAGCAGAUCAUGACUGAGCUCUAUAAGAAUGGCCCAGUGGAGGCAGCCUUCUCUGUCUAUGAGGACUUCCUCCUUUACAAGACCGGUGUGUACCAGCAUGUGACUGGACAGAUGCUGGGGGGUCAUGCCAUCAAGAUCCUGGGCUGGGGAAAGGAGAAUAACACCCCCUACUGGCUGGUUGCCAACUCCUGGAACACAGACUGGGGUGACAAUGGGUUCUUCAAGAUCCUGCGGGGAAAGGAUGAGUGUGGCAUUGAAUCCGAGAUAGUGGCGGGGAUACCCCGAACGCCCUCGGAUCUCUGUACGUUGACAUUCUGCCUCCGCAAAUCCCCCCUGACGAGUGUGUUUGCAUUCGUGUGUCAUCACAGCACUGUCAUGCUGCUGUCUCACUCCGACCUAUGGAAAGUGUGUUUGGAGAACAUCUACAGACCCUACACGGUGGUCCUCGCCACCAUCACCGCUGCCCUGUACUACCUCUGGGGCCGUGAGGGCCAGACACCAGUCCUGGUGUGUAGCGAUGCAUUCCGUGUGUUCCUACAGAGGCACUGCCCCGUGGUGGCUGAGCCCUUCAGCCCUACUCCCUGGUGUUGGGGAGGCCGGCUGCAGACACUGGUCAGAGUGCUCAUCAAGUCCAGCCCCCAGGUCGACUACAGGAAUGAGUUGAUCAGGACGGCUGACGGAGGUCAGAUCUCUCUGGACUGGGUAGAUAACGGGGACAGCGCUGCCUACCCAGAAUGCUACUCUCGUCCCACAGUGCUCAUCCUGCCGGGCCUCACAGGGAACAGUCGUCAGACCUACGUCCUCCACGCCGUCAGCCAAGCCACCCGCCGCGGAUACAGAUGUGUGGUCUUCAACAAUAGAGGGUUUGGAGGAGAAGAACUACUGACCCCAAUGACCUUCUGUGCGGCGGACACCUCGGACCUGGAGCGGGUGGUCCUCCAUGUCAGGGAACUCUUCCCACAAGCCCCUCUGCUGGGCACCGGUGUGUCUCUGGGAGGCAUGCUCUUGUUGAACUACCUGGCUCGUAAGGGUAGUGAGGCAGGGCUUGUUGCCGGCCUCACAAUGUCUGUCAGCUGGGACACGCUGGAGUCCUGUGCCUCGCUGGAACAACCAAUCAACCGCCUGAUCUUCAACCGACACCUCGCCAGCAACCUGUGCCAAGCCAUUAACAGACACAGGAAGAUGUUGGAGACUGUGGUGGAUGUGGACCAUGUACUAAAGGCACGUACUAUCCGGGAGUUUGACGAGCGCUACACGUCAGUCUUGUUUGGCUAUAAGUCCUGUCUGGACUACUACCAGGAGGCCAGCCCAAACUACAAGCUUCCCAGGACGACAGUGCCCAUUCUCUGCCUCAAUGCGGCCGACGACCCCUUCUCCCCCAAACAUGCUCUCCCUGUGGCCCUAGCCAAGCGCCUGCCUAACGUAGCGCUGUUGGUGACGUCCCACGGCGGACAUAUAGGCUACCUGGAGGGCCUUUACCCGCGUGGGGAGGGCUACAUGGACCGCCUGUUCGGCCAGUUCAUUCAGGCAGCCUUCGAUCACCCAGGGGACCUCAAAGGGGCCUGCAGCAUCAAGGAAGAGCUUCUGGAUUCCAUGGAGGGCCACGUAGAUGAGCUGAGGCAGCAGCUGGAGAAACAGACCCUGAUCAACCAGGAGCUGCAGAACCACAACAAGGACCUAGAGAGAAGACUGCAGGAGAAGGAGAAGUUGCUGCAGGACCUUCACAGUCAUUAUCAUGACCUGGGUAAGGGGAUUCAUAGUUCCCUGCUCAGAGGAGAAGUAAUGAAGGGGAACCGGAGGUCAGGAAGAGCAGAGCGGCUGUCAUGGCCCCUGAGCCAAUCCCAGAGGAGCAGCUGGAGAUCUUGAAGACCAAAGUCAAGAAGACCGUCAGGUGAUUGCGAGACAAGUUUGAUCGUCAUGGCCAUCCAGAAGAACGACUUCCUGAGUCGCCUUGACGAUGAGCAGAUCACCAUGAUGGUGGAGCUCCUGGUGGCCAUCGACUUCAAACCAGGAAAUGAUGUCAUCAAGGAGGGUAGUGAGGGAGACAGUAUGUACAUCGUUGCAGAGGGUGAGCUCUAUGUCAGUCAAGCAGGUCGUAACCUUCGAACCCUGACCUGUGGGGAUGUCUUUGGAGAGUUGGCUAUUCUGUAUAACUGCAAACGCACUGCCACAGUCAAAGCUAAAACAGUGGUGAGUCUGUGGUGUAUGGAGAGACAGACGUACAGAACCAUCAUGACCAAUAAGUCCAAGAAGAAACGUGAACAGAUAAUGGGCUUCUUGAAGACGUCUCGGACUCUGAACACCCUGAAUGACGUUCAGCUAUCUAAGAUCAUUGACUCCAUGGAGGAGGUGAAGUACCAGAACAAUGACGUCAUUGUGCGUGAGGGGGCAGAGGGCAACACAUUCUACAUCAUCCUUAAAGGAGAGGUCCAGGUGACUAAAAAGGUGAACAGGCAGCAGAAACAGAUUCGCAGGAUGGGCAAAGGGGAGCAUUUCGGGGAAUUGGCCCUCAUACGUGAGAUCCUGAGGACUGCAACCUGCACUGCUCUGGGCCCUGUUACCUGCUUCUCCAUCGAUAAGGAGGUGUUUGAGGAGACGAUCCCCAUUGAACACCUGGAGCUCCAUGAUGACUCUAAGUUCCUGGAGGAGCCAGAUGCUCCAGAGAAGACCAGUCCUAGUUCCUCUCUGAGGCUGAAGGACCUGAUCCCUGUGCUGUACCAGGAGGGGCGCUACCAGGGAGAACCUGUCACCCUCGGAGUGGGAGGAUUUGGUCGCGUUGAAUUGGUGACCACGCUGCACCAUGGGAAGUACUUUGCCAUGAAGCGGGUCAGUAAGAAGCACAUUGUUGCUAAGCAACAGGAGGAGCACGUCCUGUUUGAGAAGAGGAUCCUCAAAGCCAUCCAGAGUGACUUCAUCGUCAGGCUCCAUUUUGCCUUCAAAGACACUCGCUACAUCUACAUGAUUAUGGAGUUCUGUGCAGGAGGGGAGAUCUGGACCAAGCUCAAAGAAGUUGGUCGCUUCGAUGAGCCCAUUGCUGUGUUCUGCACUGCCUGUGUAGUAGAGGCCUAUGCCUACCUCCAUAAGAAGGGCAUCAUGUACAGAGACCUCAAGCCUGAGAAUCUGAUGCUGGAUGCCAAGGGCUACGUCAAACUGGUGGACUUUGGUUUUGCAAAGGAGUUAGUUCACGGUGAUAAGACCUACUCAUUCUGUGGUACUCCUGAAUACAUGGCCCCAGAGAUCAUCCAGAACCAGGGACACGACUUUGCUGCUGACUUCUGGUCCCUGGGCAUCCUGGUCUAUGAGCUGCUGGUGGGGAGCCCCCCAUUUUCCAGUUCCGAGCCCGCAAAGAUCUACCCUAAAAUUUUGGAUGGGUUGCUCAAGUUCCCCCCUUACAUGGGCGAGGGGGCCAAGUCCCUCAUCAGUAAACUGUGCAGACCUCGGCCGGGUCAGAGGCUGGGAAACACCAAGAAUGGGAUCAAAGAUGUCCGCCAUCACAGGUGGUUCAGUAGUAUGAAUUGGCACAAGCUUCGUGUGGGCCAGGUGGAGGCUCCUACAAUCAGACUCAUACACAAGGGUCCAUGCUACAUCAACUUUGACCGCUUCCCCUUCGACCAGGCUAAGGCCGACGAGGAGUUCUCCGGCUGGGACAAAAACUUCUGACUCCAACCAGAACCUGAACCUGAACCAGAAACAGAAACAGUCCAAGAGGGUCAGAGUUCAGAGGUCACACCGGAGCUCACUGAUAGGUGGAUCCAGACCAGAUUACUUCUUGGUGACCUCAAUGGUCCCGUUACCUUUUAGACUCUGAAAGACCAAUGCACCGUAGGGGCAGGAAUAGGACUAUGCCCAGAGCCAUAGAUACACAUAGGUUCUGACUACUUUGUAAUAAGGCUCUAAUUUCACCAUGCUGGCUUCACAGAACCCUCUGGUAAAAGAUACUGUACAACACUGAGAGGUAUGAAGUCAAAUGUGUGAAUAAGAACAGCCACUCAUGCAUACAUACCUUCUAAUCUUUGUGGAGGCCAUCUUAACUUGACAUGUGCUCACUGAAAGCUCUAUUUGUGUGUUGUGCUCAAAAGAAAAAUGAGUACAUAUAAAUGGCUUGAUGUAAUGUCUCAUGUUGGACAAAAUUAAUGAAUUUACCCUUGACGCUCAUUGUACUGUGUAACUCUGGAUGGCAUUGUCAUUGUAUUUGCUGUGUUAGUGUCUAUGCCUUGUAGCAUAUAUUGUCUGUAAAGAAUACUAAAUGUAUGUGUUUCACUUUCAAAUAAAUAUAAUGACCCCUUAAUAAACAUAGAGAACCGC